CGCCCGGCGCAUUCAGUGAGCGCGUUUGGAGUAGAAGGCGGUCGUGCUCACUCAUCACCCAGCCUUAUCCCCUUACUCCGGCACACACCUCUGUUGUUUUUUUUUUAAACCACUGUAGAAAUCUUAUAAGUUAUCACACAACGCCAAGAUUUUUCCAGAAGUAUUUUUGGACGUCCUGCAGCGUGGAGGAAUAACAUCUCGGAUAUAUCCAUAAAGCCGAAAAGGAGGAGAGAGAAAUACGAAGAGAGGGACAGAGAGAGGGAGAGAGAGCGAGACAGAGAGACAUGGCAACGACAACCUGUACACGCUUUACCGACGAAUACCAGCUUUAUGAAGAACUCGGAAAGGGAGCUUUUUCAGUUGUGCGACGUUGUGUCAAGCUGUGCACAGGCCAAGAAUAUGCUGCCAAAAUAAUCAACACCAAAAAGCUCUCAGCCAGGGAUCACCAGAAGCUUGAACGUGAAGCUCGCAUUUGUCGUCUUCUCAAGCACCCCAACAUCGUCCGACUCCAUGACAGUAUAUCAGAAGAAGGCUUCCACUACCUCCUGUUUGACUUGGUCACCGGUGGCGAGUUGUUUGAAGACAUUGUAGCGCGAGAAUAUUACAGCGAAGCUGACGCCAGUCACUGUAUCCAUCAGAUUCUAGACAGUGUCAAUCACAUUCACCAACAUGACAUAGUGCACAGGGACCUGAAGCCAGAGAACCUGCUCCUGGCUAGCAAAUGCAAGAAUGCAGCAGUGAAGUUAGCCGAUUUCGGUCUAGCCAUUGAAGUGCAAGGAGAGCAGCAGGCCUGGUUUGGAUUCGCAGGUACACCAGGUUACCUGUCUCCUGAGGUGCUAAGGAAAGAGGCUUAUGGGAAACCCGUGGACAUUUGGGCUUGUGGUGUUAUCUUGUACAUUCUGCUCGUGGGUUAUCCGCCUUUCUGGGAUGAGGACCAGCACAAACUCUACCAGCAGAUCAAAGCCGGAGCCUAUGAUUUUCCUUCUCCGGAGUGGGACACAGUCACCCCUGAAGCCAAGAACCUCAUUAACCAGAUGCUCACUAUCAAUCCGGCCAAGAGGAUCACUGCACAGGAAGCUCUUAAACACCCAUGGGUCUGCCAACGCUCGACUGUGGCCUCCAUGAUGCACAGACAAGAGACAGUAGAGUGCCUGAAGAAGUUCAACGCCAGGAGAAAACUCAAGGGAGCCAUUCUCACCACCAUGCUGGUUUCACGCAACUUCUCUGUGGGCCGGCAGACCACAGCUCCGGCCACGGUCUCGGCGGUGGCUGCUGCUGCUGCAGCCGGCACUGCUGCCGGCCUGGUGGAACAAGCAGCCAAGAGCCUGCUCAACAAGAAGGCUGAUGUCAAGAAACGGAAAUCCAGCUCCACCGUUCAGUACAUGCCACAGUCAAACAGCACGAAAAACAGCAUAGUCACCAGUCCCAAAGGGAACGUCCCCUCUCCUGCUCUGGAGGCUCAGACCACUGUUAUCCAUAACCCGGUGGAUGGGAUCAAGGAGUCCUCGGACAGCAGCAACACCACAAUCGAAGAUGAGGAUGUUAAAGGAAAAAGCAUAGACAGCAGCUCACUUAAGGCUGUCUCAGAGCGCAGACAGUCGUCUCCAGGCCCUGCUGUUUUCUCACGCAAACAGGAGAUCAUUAAGAUCACAGAGCAGCUAAUUGAGGCUGUGAACAAUGGGGACUUUGAGGCCUACGCGAAGAUCUGUGACCCUGGACUUACUUCGUUUGAACCCGAGGCCUUGGGUAACCUAGUAGAGGGCAUGGACUUCCAUCGAUUCUACUUUGAGAACUUGCUGUCUAAGAACAGUAAGCCGAUCCACACCACCAUCCUGAACCCUCAUGUGCACCUGAUUGGCGAGGAUGCCGCCUGCAUCGCUUACAUCCGGCUUACUCAAUAUGUGGAUGGCCAGGGCCGGCCGCGCAGCAGCCAGUCAGAGGAGACUCGUGUGUGGCAUCGCCGUGACUCCAAAUGGCAGAAUGUGCAUUUCCACUGCUCGGGUGCUCCUGCUGCCCCACUCCAGUGAAGUUAUCCAUUUUUCCUGCUGUUCCCAUCCUCAAUAACGUGUUUUGAAUGGCUCUGUGACAUUCGGGUGUAUGUUAUAGAGUGGGAUGGCGGCAGCGGGAGGUGUUUUGACACUUGGGGAGAAGAACGAGAGGGAGGAUCAGCGGGGACGGCAGGAAGAGUCCAGCAUUGGAGAGCUCAGGAGCUUUCAGCCUUCCAGUUCUGGUCACAUCUGUCCAUGCCUGCAUGCAAAACCUAUACCUGUGUCUCCACCUACUGGACUGCUCUUCGAUAGUUGCAUCCUGCCACACUUCCCCUCCACAUCAAACCUUUGCAAUACAUAACACACAACAUUGGCACCAGUGCACAAACACACACACACACACACACACACACACACACACACACACACACACACACACACACACACAAACACCCCACUGCUCACGAACACUUAUUAUCAGUCCAGGAGAGUGAGCACAGACUCUAGGUUCAAUGUUAUAGCCUGUUCAAUGCCUUGUUACCCCCACAGUCCCCUUCUCCCUGCCUCACUCUCGUCUCCAUUGGCCUUAUGACCUGUGUGCCCAGGCACUCCUCACUAUAAUAGCUCACAUGUUAACGAAGUAUUAUAUCAGCUUUAUUAUGAUUGUUGUAAUGGCUACUACUUUUUAUUAUUACCACUUCUAUUUUAAAGUAUUGAUGUUGUUCUGUUGUUUAUUUAGUCAAAAACAUAAUGUAUAAAUAGUCAAAUUAUUGAUGUAAAUCGAUUUGAACACUUAUCCUGGAAGCAAGGAUUCUUUGUUUUAUCUAGUGGCGGUUUUAUUUGUCGAUUUGAGUCAAAUGAAGUUUACUUCGGCAGCAUGAAAAAUGCGGGUAUAAAUGCGUGACUCCUUACUACUGUAUACAUAAAACAAGAAGACGGCACCAUUCAGACCGAAGCUAACCGUGUCCGUCUCACUUUCAUGCAGCUAGGUGAUUAUCGUUUGGACACUGUACGUCUUAACUGAUACCCAUGCCUUUUUAAUGGGUUUGCUGAGGCACGCUCCCAGGAAAGUCGUUUUGUGGAGGGUUUUUUAUUUAAAGUCCCCCUGUUAAAAUAGUUUAUAAUAAUCUAAGGUCGCGAUUGAGGACGGAAGCACAGCCUGACUGCACUGUUAGAGUAAUUGAUGCGAUUUGAAAUGAUUUGGAAGAAGAGCGACAAAUUGUGUGCACGGUAUUUCCUGCAGUAUGGGACAAUCCUAAAGGAAGAUUUCGUAGAGAUAGAGUUAUUAAGGCACAUUAUGGAUUUAGAUCAUCAGGUUAACAGUUAAGAUAAAGAGAGUAUAUGAAAUAUUUAUAUAAGUCUAGUCAUUCAUUGUUUAGUUUUAUUUCUCUAUAUACAGAGUAUUAACAUUGUUUUUGCAUUUUUUAAAAAAUAUUUAUUUUAGGGUUUUUUGGGGGUUUUUUGGGUUUUUUUUAGAAAGUGUGUGACGGGGCCAUAUUUCAUGGGUUCCUCACUGAUAUGGGGAUGAACAGUCUUCUUUUGACCUCUUGAAUGUGAACCUAGUUUAAUCAAAAUGAAUGGAAAGCUUAAGGGCUUUCCCCAUAUAUAUGAGACACAGUAUGCAAUAAAACUGCAGUAUGCAGUAAAGAAUCACCAUUUGAUUUCUCCUAGAUUAUGAAAAGAAUGGGAAAAAGCCACUGCAUGGGUAUCAGGGAUACACAAGUGUGUGUAUGUGUGCAUGAGACUGAUUUUUUAAAAUGCUGUUAAUUAAGUUUAAAUAGCCUUUUUUUUUAAAGGUGUCUCACUGUCUGAGGAGCACUUAAUUCUCAAGACUGGAAUUCACUGGAAGACUGCUGAUUUUAUUUCUUUUCAUGAUUUUAUUUCAAUUUAUUUCUCUAAUUCUUUUACAUUUUGUUCUGAAAUGUGAAUAUGGUUUUGUAGUAUGUUUCUGAACCCCACACAUCACUUCAGAGAAGAGCUCUUUGUGAAUGGUGAACCGUGUGAGAACUUUUUUUUGAAGCAAUCAAAGCAGCAUGUCAGCAUACUCUAGUGUAGUGUUGUUCUUUCCUUUCUUUCUGCGUGUUUAGUAUUGCAAGGAAUCCUUGAGAUCUAUAACGGAGUUUAAUUUUAGCGAAAUAGAUAUCUUGUAAAACAGCUAUGUAGUGCUAACAUAAUCUUGGUGGCCAUUAACUUGCAUGAAUUUUGGCAGCAUUUUUUGGUGAAUUUUAUUUUUCAUUUGAUUCUUGGUUUCUUUUCUACUGAAUGCUGGUGAAUUAUGCUACCGCUACUGAUUUUCAGAGUUUUGUAAGUGUAUAUGACUAUUUUUGUCUCUAGAAGAUGAUUAUGAUAAAUUCUGACUAUCACAGUAAACCGUGUCAUGAUGAUUGUAUGGCAUGCUUUUGUACAGGGUUUCGGUGUUGUCUGAGCAGUGUUGGGCAAUCCUAAUUGAAAUGUGCCAUGAGGUAGCUUUGAAAUGGGUGUUUCAGAUACACUUUUUCAAUAUCUGAAUCUCUUCAUGUUAGUUUGCAUAAUGUUAGCAUCUCUGGUGGUGGACCUGGGAAGAAUUCAGCAUGGAUUAAAUCCAGGGGUGGAAAACAUACUGAGAAAUUAUACUUAAGUGAAGAUGUAUGCAUCCUAAAAUGUACUCAAGUAAAAGUUAAAAAAAAAAAAAAAAAAAAAAACUUUUCUAAAAUUGAAAUGUACUUAAAUAAUAAAAAGUUAAACUUAAAUGUUUUUAACCGAUGAAAUUAAGUAUUGUCAUGUUUUCAUAUGAAAACUAACUUCUCUUACUUAUUUAUAAUUGUUAUAAGCAACUAUGCCAUUUUGCCUGAAAACAUCAUUCAGUUUCUGUAGGUUUGCUGAUUAUGUGCAUGACUAAUGCUAUGUAGUUUGCUAAAGAAUUAAUCUGAAAUAAAAUAUCAUGUACAUAACCAACAUUGACCUUUAGCUAGAAUUUGAAUUCCAGUAGCCAAUUAUGUUAGCUACUGGAAUUGAUGCUAGUCAAACAUGGCUACCUUAGUCAAA